GAUUUUUUACCCUCCCGGCUUCUAUACUCAAGACCGUUGUCCGUUGUCCCUUGUUGAUUUUAAUUUGCAGCGAAUUUUUGUCUGAGCUACAAGUGCCGUUUCUUGCAUCUGGCAUCUAUCUAUUAUUUAAACGUUUUGCACGUGUUAAAAACGCUGUCAACUGCUGUUUUCUUGAAAUACCAUGGGGACCCCUGCAGAAAUCUGUGAGAACUAUCAACUGAAAUGGAGUUCCUACACCUCCUAUAUUCACUCUUGCAUUUCAUCUUCAUUAUUUGCAGAAGAUUCUUUUGCUGAUGUAGCUCUGGUGACAAUGGAUGGUCACAAAAUAAUGGCACAUAGAUUUGUAUUAUCUUAUUCAAGCCAGUACCUUAACAAAGCUUUAAAGUUUCAACCAAAAGUUACAACAGCUUUGCCUAUUAUGAUUGUUCUACCACAAGGUAUAACCUAUAAAGCACUAAAAAUAUUAGUUAAAUAUAUGUACAGUGGUGAAGCCACUGUACCCAAAGAUAUAUUAAAUAUUGUUCUUAAGGCGGGAGAUAUAUUAAAAAUAAAAGGGCUCUACAGAGAGCCACUAUCAGAAGAGAUUCAAGGCAAUCAAAAGCCUGGCGGAGCCGUAAAUUCUUCAAGUGGUGCUAGUCAAAUAGUUACUACACAGGAUUCAACAAGCAAGAAUCUGCAAAAAGCUGCAAAAGCUCAAGAAGUUUUUCCUUUAAUAAGCAAGAAUCCUCCACCAUUAAUUGCAACAAGUCAGAAGAUUAUGCAAACCAGUGCUGAUCCGAAGUCUAAAGAUAUGCAAAAAGCCCAAAAACCGUUAAAAUCUCAAAAUAAAUCUCAGGAAAAAGUGGUUGCAACAUCUAGUUCCGUUAAGCAGUACGGAGGACCAAGAGUAUUAAAUUUUAGCAUGAAUAAUUUUAAUGGACUGGAAAAGGAAAAUACAUCUCCCAAACGGGCUAUUAUACUUAAUCAAAAAGUUUCGCAACAGGACAAACCGCAUACGAUUACGUCAGCUGAUGUAGAGUCUCAAAAUUCCUCGGAUAGUACCACUUUAACUCUUAACGCAAAUAAUGGAAAAGCAACUGAUAACCUGUCGUACUUGGUAAUAAAGGAUGAACCGUUAGAAUGGGCAGAAUCUGAAAUUGAUAUUGUGGAACACAAGGAAGGUUUUGCUGAGGAAUCUGUUAAAUCUGAAACGUAUGAUUCGGCUUCCAACGACGGUAAGGGAUCGGCAUCAGAAAUUUAUACCCCACUUACAUGCGAAUUAUGCACUGAAACUUUCACCAUUCCAGCAGACUGGGUAAAGCACGUUCAAACGCACACUGACAUGCUACCAGCAAAAAGAAGAAGAAGAGACAGCCCAGACGAAGAAGAUGAAAAUGCGAGCUAUCCAGAACUUCAAUGUGACCUUUGUGACAAAUCGUUUUCGACUCCAGCAGAAUGGGUACGCCAUAUACAGGAUACGCAUACUGAUUUUGAGCUAAGCCUUUCUAAUAGAAGAAAUCAGAAAAAAGAAAAAGUGAAAAGUGUGAAAAAGUACAAAUUUGUCGUCAAGAACUAAUGUUAAAAAAGCCUAAAGGUAACUUCCAGUAUUUCGAUAUUUUUUAAGAUUUGAGAAAUUAUACUUAUGUGUAAUAAGAUUAUACAAUUAUAUUUUACUGACAUAGAAGUAGCUUGGUUUAUAACAAAUUUAAAUAGCAUUUAAAAGAAAAAUAAUUUUAAUAUAACAUACAUCUAAUAAAACCUGGAUGUGCAUUUUAUUAAUAAAAUUAUCUUAUUGGAUUACGAUGAAUAUCAAAUAUUAUGUAGAUACUAUUUAAACAUUAUAUUUCUGAAAAUAUAUGACGGAUGUUUCUAGG